AUGACUUCCCUCAUAUUUGGCGCGGUCUAUCUCGCCCAUCAAGGUGUGGUACAUGCUCGACAUGAGAAGAAGCGCAUAAAGAACUACGAACGAUGGGAGGGCCUUCGUGAUGAGUACGACGAACAGCGGAAGAUCUCGCGCGAAAGCCGGUCGCUCGACAUUCAAAGGACCGGACAGACUUGGGAUGAUAAUGAUCGCCCAAUCUUGACGCUUCGUGAUCAGCAGGAAGCUGGCGACGCAAAAACGUCGUGGCGGCCACAAGAGUCAUGGAAUGGGCAGCCGGACUAUCAGAAUGCAGCUCCUACGGGCCGGCAAUCUAUGGACGUAGGCGCUCUGGACUACGAUCACAGAUCAGCUAUUACCGGGUCGCAAAAGCGCACUUCAUCACAACCAGGCAUAAACAGAUCAUCAAGCCUGGCGAAUGGUUAUAACGCGGAUAAUAAUUCAACUGGCCAAUUAGGACUAAAGCCGCAACCUACAGGGUAUCAUGGUAUUGGACCUAUGCGAGCAACACCUACAGGUGCGAACUGGGAUGACGGUCUUCCUCGCCCAUUGAAUCUCCAGCGGCGAACAUACGACGAGCCUUCCUCAUUUUCAGGCCCAGCUGCUGCCUUGGGACGCAGCACUUCCUUACGUGCUAGUACUUACAGCGCUCCGCACAGUGCUAACAACAGUCGGAGUAAUCUGGGAUCAGCUAACAGCUCAGCACACAACCUGAUGCUCUCCAACUCCACCACUCAUACAAGCCCUCCAUUACCAAACGCUACUAUGGGGAAAGACGCCACCGCAAACUUGAACAAUCCUUUCGAAAGCGGCAACCGCUUCGAUCAACCACAAGCACCACCAUCGAACUCCUUUUCGACACAAAGAGCCGGGUCUGGUAGCAACAACCCAUUUGAACACAACGGAUCUGAAAGCUACCCGACACCACCUAUGCAUCAACAGUCAUUUUCACAACCCACCCCACCCAUGCAUCAGCAGUCGUUCACGCAGCCCACACCACCUAUGCACCAGCAGUCGUUCACGCAACUGCAGCCGCAAAUGACGAGCAACAAUCCGUUUGACUCGAACAACCGCUGGGACAAUCCAGCAUCGAAUGGUGCCACGCCAACAUUUGCUCAGGGCGGUCGCAUGACUACGGUGACCGAAGGUCGAACACCUGCUCAAGAGAAAGACAUGAGCGAAUGGUGGAAAUGA